AGUAAAAGCCCUCCCAGGAAGGAAACGCCAGGCCUCUUAUUUCCAACUACAAGACAGUACCCAAAGCAGAGGAGGGAAUGACUGAGCCAACAUUCACUGAUCCACUUGCUCCAAUUUGAAGCCACAUGUGGAGCAGUCGCGCAUGAUUUUUGACCUGAUCUAACACCGUAAAUGGAUUCUUCACUUGAGUUUUCCAGCUCUUUGGGGAGCGUGUCUUCACUCUUGAUCCGGCACAGAACUUUUAAGGUGCUGAUGAUCGGAGAUUCUGGCGUGGGGAAGACCUGCCUCACUCACCGACUCUGCGCUGGAGAGUUCCCCUGCAGAGCUGAAGCUACCAUCGGCGUGGACUUUCGAGAGCGGGUGCUCGAGAUUGACGGAGAGGUAAUCAAGCUACAGUUGUGGGACACAGCAGGACAGGAGCGAUUUCGGAAGUCCAUGGUGCAGCACUACUACAGGAACGUCCAUGCUGUUCUCUUCAUCUAUGACGUCACAUGUCCCGCCAGCUUCAGUGGACUCAACUCCUGGAUAGAGGAAUGUAGACAAAACUCCCUGGGCCAGGACAUCCCUAGAUUUUUGGUCGGUAAUAAGAGUGACUUGCGUGAUCCGAGCAGAGCAAACCAACAGGUGAACCAACAGAAGGCUAUGAAUUUUGCCAAGUCCCAUGGAAUGAUGUUUUUUGAAACUUCAGCCAAAAUGUCACCAAACAAACUUUCGAAGAUGUUGCAGAAGGAAGGAGAGGUGCCAUUUAAACAGGACCAGAUUGAAGACAUUGUACUCACUGUGGCCGGUAAACUCAAAAGACACACAACUAUUAAUAAUAUUUCUGUGUGCAAUGGUUCGUUUAAAGUAACAAGUAAAAAAGGAGCAGAAAAGGAAAGCUGGAGUUGCUGCUAAGAAGUUUUCAAUCUUAUAGCUGUAAAAUUAUGUGAACGUAAAGGAUUGGACUCAUUAUAGAUUAUGGAGAUUCAUAUGGAUACCUUCAUGAAUAGUGUAAAAUGUAAGGAUGACAGAGCCAAUAAUGAAUAAAAAAUUAAAUGGUAUAAUUUUUGUAAAAAAAAUAAAAAAUAAAUAAAUAAUAAAUGACAUGUAUUUUCUAAUAA